AUGGCGAGGAUAUCCGAUCCCAAGCCACACUCUGACCAUCAGGAGAAUGUAACCGACCUAUCCAUUGCCACUGAGACCGAAACCAACCAUGUCGAGUCGGAGUGGAAUGGGAAGCAGCCACAAGAUGGCGACACAGCCAUGGCACUCUUUAGUGAUCCAGAUGCGCUUCAUGAGGCUAUUGAUCCGACAGAAGCAAGAAAGUUACUCUGGAAGAUUGACUUGAUGAUUCUACCAUAUCUUGCGGUCUGUUAUGCUUUCUUCUACAUUGACAAAACAACGCUUAGUUAUGCGGCUAUAUUCGGUAUAGAAGAGGAUCUCAAACUUCAUGGCACACAAUAUAGCUGGCUUUCGAGUAUCUUCUAUUUUGGGUUCCUGGUUUGGGCAUUUCCCACCAACUUUCUGCUUCAACGCCUACCCAUUGGAAAGUAUCUUGGAGCCAAUAUCUUCAUGUGGGGAGUAUUCCUUAUCAUCCAGGCAGCAUGUCAUAACUUUGCUACGCUCGCUGUUCUGCGAGCCCUAGGUGGAGCUGCAGAAGCAUGCUCAGACCCCGCAUUUAUGCUCAUCACUAGCAUGUGGUACACGCGACGUGAACAACCAGUCUGCAUAGGCUUAUGGUAUACUGCCAACGGCCUGGGGAUUGCACUUGGCGGGCUUCUCGGCUAUGGAAUCGGUCAUAUAAGAGGGUCUCUUCCUUCGUGGAAGUACGAAUUUAUUGUCAUUGGCUGUCUCUGUGCUGUCUGGGGCAUAGUCAUGUUCAUUCUUCUGCCUGAUUCGCCAGUCACAACACCUCUUCUCAGCAAGAGGGAGCGUCGAAUUGCAAUUGAGAGAGUGAGAGAGAAUCAGACGGGUAUUGAGAAUAAGCAUAUCAAACCUCACCAGAUUCUGGAGGCUUUCACGGACUACAAGCUGUACUUUUUCUUUUUCCUGGGCCUAUUUUGUAAUAUUCCCAACGGUGGGAUAUCGAACUUUGGAACAAUCAUCAUCCAAGGCUUUGGAUUCUCAACGCUGGUGACAACCUUGAUGCAGAUCCCCUACGGUGUCAUCAUUGCACUAUCCAUUCUUCUUUGCGUGUAUCUCAACGAUCGGUUCGAGAACAGGCGUUGCAUAUUCGUCUUGAUUUUCCUCCUUCCGAACAUUGCUGGAGCGUUUGGGCUACGGUUUGUGCAACAGGACCAUGAAGUCGGUCGUUUGAUCUGCUAUUACUUAACUGGACCGUACAAUGCCGCUUUCGUGCUGAUUCUCAGUAUGCAAAUUGCCAAUACCGCUGGUCACACCAAGAAGGUCGUUACCAAUGCAGUCCUCUUCCUAGGAUACUGCACAGGCAAUAUCGCAGGCCCUUUCUUCUACAAGGAGAGCCAAAAGCCAACGUACGAACUGGGAAUCUGGUCUAUGAUCGUGUGUCAUCUACUUGAAGCCGCGCUUAUAUCCACACUUGGUCUUCUCCUCCGCUGGGAGAACCGACGACGUGAUCGAAUCCAGUCUCAGGCGACGGGUGGUCUGGAAGGAAGAGACUUGGACUCUACAGCGUUCCUAGAUUUGACAGAUCGUGAAAAUCUCAACUUCCGGUAUAUCUAUUAG